CUUUUAUGACGCUAAAUAAUAGUGAGAAUGUUUAAUAUGCUAAAAAUGGCAGAUCUUACUUUUACAAAGAUUUUUACGAGGUUUGAGCUCCGUUCUGAAUACCUAGGAGAAAUCUAGAGAUCCUCUUGAAAAUUUCUUAGCAUGGCAACGCCGCUAAUUCGGCGGGCACUUCACCAGACAGAGGCCGAAUCAGCCACGUAAAUAGUUCCUUUACUACUCUCCACCAAUCACCGCCUUCCAUCUGUCUGGAUAAUGCGACAGUCAAGACAUACGGACCUUUGCUUAGCGCUUAUGACUUGUAUAAAACAGUGAGCUCAAUAGAGGAAAGCGAGUCUGUGAUAGUUGCUGUAAUUCAGAUUAGACACACACCUCUGAAUAUUUUUUUGGCAUUCAGCGGAUAAACGUGUGGCUUGUUUGACGUGUUGGAGAGUGGAUUUUAAGAAUUUAGCGUAAAAUAUGAAGUAUUCUUUGGUAUUAGUGAUACUUGCGUAUAUUUACGCAGCCCAGGCCAAAGUGUACUUUGAAGAAAAAUUCAAUGAUGAUUCAUGGGAGAAACGCUGGAUAUACAGUAAACACCCCGGAAAAGAGUUCGGAAAGUUUGUAAGGACUGCUGGGAAGUUCUUCAACAAUGAAGAGAAGGAUAAAGGUAUCCAAACGUCACAAGAUGCACGAUUUUACGCCUUGAGUACAAAGUUUGAGCCUUUUGCGACUGAUGGCAAAGACUUGGUCAUCCAGUUUACAGUCAAACAUGAACAGAACAUUGAUUGUGGAGGAGGGUACCUCAAGAUCUUCGACUGCAGUCUCGAACCGGCCGAUAUGCACGGAGAUUCUCCUUACAGGAUCAUGUUUGGUCCUGAUAUCUGUGGACCAGGCACCAAAAAAGUCCAUGUCAUCCUUAACAAGGAUGGAAAGAAUGUCUUGAUUAACAAGGAUAUCAGGUGCAAGGAUGACGUUUACACCCACGCAUACACGCUCAUCAUUCACCCAGACAACACCUACGAAGUACUGAUUGAUGGAGAGAAAGUUGAAGGAGGAGAACUGGAAAGUGAUUGGGAACUAUUGCCACCUAGGAAGAUCAAAGAUCCGGAAGCUAAGAAGCCCGAGGAUUGGGAUGACCGCGCAACGAUUCCUGACCCAGAUGACAAGAAACCAGAAGACUGGGAUAAACCAGAACACAUCCCAGACCCAGAAGCCACCAAACCUGAUGAUUGGGAUGAUGAGAUGGACGGCGAAUGGGAACCUCCAAUGAUAGAUAAUCCUGAAUACAAAGGUGAAUGGGCUCCUAAACAGAUCGACAAUCCUGCAUACAAGGGACCAUGGGUACAUCCAGAAAUCGACAACCCUGAAUACAAUCCAGUACCCGAUUUGUACGCCCAAAAGGAAAUCUGCGGAGUUGGUCUGGACUUGUGGCAAGUCAAAUCAGGUACCAUCUUUGAUAACAUCCUCGUCACUGAUGACGUAGAGUAUGCUAAGCAGGCCAUCGCUGAUCUCAAAGAAACACAGGUAAGCUUUAAUACAAACUUCAAGAUCAGUUUUCAGUUUGAUCAAUGGCGACUUAUCAUUUGGUUGAGACAGGUGUUUAUUUCAAAAAUCUUAUCUUCGAGGUUUGAUGAAAAGCACGGUUUUGGAGGUUAUGUUACAAUGUCAUACAAAAUAAGUAAACAGAGCUGUAGUAUGUGUUGAGCUUAAAUUUCAUAAAGGAAAUUCCAUAAUGCACAAGUCAGUCUUUAACAUAGCUGCUAUCGGGUUUUCCAACAGGGGCUUGACAACUUUGAACUUUCACUGUGAACGCACCUUUAAAUCAAGUACCGAACUGUCAUUGUCAAAACAUUCAGUAAAGAAAAAAUUUUCAUCAUGGUGAAGUACACGAACGAACAACGCUGACAAAUAAUUAAAAUUGACUACCGAAAUUCCGUGUCGGUGACUGCAAGUUUAAGAGCUUUAACUCCGAUUUUUGGUCGUAAUUCUCAUCCCAGUAGACAAGCAAUUCAUGGUCUAGUAAAAAAAUUGAGUCCACAUAUUCGCUGCUGGAUAUUCCCGUGCCAGUGAGACAACGGCGUUCUCAAGAAUUGGGCUUCGCUCAGAUCACACUAUGGCGAAUUUUGCGAAGAGAUCUUGGCCUGCACCCUUAUAAGAUCAAGUUAACUCAAG